AUUCAUUAGCACAAAAGCGGCUACCAACACAAACGCCAAUUCAUCAACAUCAGCCAUUGAAUAUAAACUUUCGCAUCCUCGAAAACGUAUACCGCCACUACCGAAAGUAGAAGCAUCAUUAGCCGAAGAAGCUGUUACUAAUAUUCUUUACAAUACACCAAAUCCACCAUCACCUUCAAAACGACACAUCUUGAAUUGCUUGGUACAAGACGAACCUGGUGUUUUAAGUAGAGUCAGUGGUAUUUUGGCUGGGAGAGGUUUUAAUAUUGAUUCGUUGGUUGUGGCUAAUACUGAAGUACCUGAUCUAAGUAGAAUGACAAUUGUUUUGAGUGGUCAGGAUGUUGUCGUGGAACAAGCUAGAAGACAAUUACAAGAUUUGGUGCCGGUAUGGGCUGUUCUUGAUUAUACUGAAACAACUAUUGUGGAACGUGAAAUGUUAUUGGUUAAAGUGUCUAUUUUAGGACCUGAACAUUUUUAUGAACAAUUGGCUUCACUUAAGCACAUAGAGUAUGAUGAUGAGUUUAUGCCUGAAGCUGAUUUAGAGAUAGAGCAUCCAGAUGUUACAUCUGUUUUAAAUGCAACUUCCAUUGAUGAAAAACAACGUUCACCAUCAUCUGCAUUACAACAUAAACACGAGCAUUUACGUUCGUUAACUGAUUUAAGUAAAUUAUUUGGAGCGAAAAUUGUUGAUGUGUCAAAUGACAGCGUUAUAAUAGAGUUGACCGCCAAACCUAUUAGAUUAGACGCAUUCAUCAAAUUAAUAAAGCCUUUUGGUAUUUUAGAAGCAGCAAGAAGUGGAAUGAUGGCAUUACCACGUACUCCACUUUAUGAUAAUGUCAUUGAAACAAUUACAGAAGAGGAUGAUGAUACUGGUGUGGAUGCAACAAUGUUACCACCUGGAUAA